CUCCCCUCCCUCCCCUCUGCCCCAGCCCUUAAAAAGCUUUAUACCGCCAAGAAUCCCUUGGAACGGGAGAGGCGGGAGCAGGGACAGGCAGGCAGAGGAGAGGCAAAAGUAUCUCCGCAUCAGCGGAGGGUUUGGAGCAGAGCAGGGAAAUCAGGGAUACCCGGGGACAGGGGUGUGGGCAUCCUCAUCCUCAGUGCCACGUAAAUGUUCUCUCCUGUCAGGGAAGGAGGCAGGAGGCAGCGCGGGGACCCGAGGACGAGCCCAGCUCGCCGGUGAUGGCAUGGACCGGCCGCUGCUCCAGCCACGCUUCCCUCGCCCCGCUCCCGCCCGGCUGCCCCCGAGGGCGCGACACUGAUGCGGAGCCGCUCGUAGCGACCCAGCCAUGGCUGGAGAUUCCAGGAUCUUCAUGAACCAGGACAUGGACAUCGGGGUGACCUCCAGGGAGCCCAAGAAGAUUCCCAAGCAGGCUCGGGACGAUGUCCCCAUCGCCACCGACCGGACGCGCCUCAUCUCGGCCGAGGGGAAGAAGCCCCGGCAGCGGUACAUGGAGAAGAGCGGCAAGUGCAACGUCCACCACGGCAACGUGCAGGAGACCUACCGCUACCUCAGCGACCUCUUCACCACCCUCGUGGACCUCAAGUGGCGUUUCAACCUCCUGGUCUUCACCAUGGUCUACACCAUCACCUGGUUGUUCUUUGGGUUCAUAUGGUGGCUCAUCGCCUACAUCCGGGGAGACCUGGACCACCUGGAAGAUGAGAACUGGAUCCCCUGCGUGGAAAACCUCAGCGGGUUUGUGUCCGCGUUUCUGUUCUCCAUCGAGACGGAGACGACGAUCGGUUACGGCUACAGGGUGAUCACGGAGAAGUGCCCCGAGGGCAUCGUGCUGCUCCUCAUCCAGGCCAUCCUGGGCUCCAUCGUCAACGCCUUCAUGGUGGGCUGCAUGUUCGUCAAGAUCAGCCAACCAAAGAAAAGGGCUGAAACCCUCAUGUUUUCCAACAACGCCGUGAUCUCCAUGAGGGACGAGAAGCUCUGUCUCAUGUUCCGGGUUGGAGACCUCCGCAAUUCCCACAUUGUCGAGGCUUCCAUUAGAGCCAAACUGAUUAAGUCCAAACAGACCAAAGAAGGAGAGUUUAUUCCCCUGAACCAAACGGACAUCAACGUGGGAUUUGACACUGGAGAUGACAGGUUGUUCCUGGUGUCGCCUCUGAUCAUCUCACACGAGAUCAAUGAGAAAAGCCCCUUCUGGGAGAUGUCUCGUACCCAGCUGGAGAAGGAGGAGUUUGAAAUUGUGGUCAUCCUGGAAGGGAUGGUGGAAGCAACAGGGAUGACUUGCCAGGCUCGCAGCUCCUACAUGGACACCGAGGUGCUGUGGGGACACCGCUUCACCCCCGUGCUCACCCUGGAGAAGGACUUUUACGAGGUGGACUAUAACAGCUUCCACAGCACCUACGAGACCAACACCCCCGUGUGCUGUGCCAAGGAACUGGCCGAGUCCCGCCGGGAAGGGCAGCUCCUGGGCCACCUCUGCGGUGCCACCCUGCUCAGCGGGGGCAGGGAGGCAGAGACAGCCCGGGAGGAGGAGGAGGAGGAGGAGGAGGAGGAAGGCAGGGAGCCGGCAGGAUUGGAUGGAGCCAAUGGCACAGCAGGAGAGGUGCCCGUAUAA